UCGAUGGCGAAUUCGAUUUGUGGUUUGAUUGGACAACUUAAUAUAACCGCGCUUCCAGAAUGAAACAGAAAUAUGUUUUGUGUUUUUACUCUACCCAAGGUGUAGGUGUACAGAAGAUGUUAGCGAACUUCGCAAACAAUCCAACUAAUCGCAGUUGAUUCUGUUAUCAACAAACAACCAUUGUUGGCUUGCUAUAAGUGUGGUGUUCUAACAUUCAUUGAAGGGGGAAGAUGUGACUGUCACAUUCAUGAUUUGAUCAGAAACCAGUCUGCGAAAUAUGGUGUAAAUAAUGAUAAUUUUUCGCCUGUUUUGCAACUCUACAUCUUAGCCAUUUCUGAAAAACUAAAACUUAUGGUUUUUUCUUUGAUGGUGCAUUAGAUUUUUCCAGUUACCAAUUAUUACAUUCGUCUUAUUAAUUGCUCAUUGUUAAUGGCUUUAAAUCCAGUCUUGUUGAUAAUCUUGUAACGUACACCUGACUGUCAUGUCUUUAAUGUAGUCCUUGAAACAGGAGGAAUGUUGCUGACUAAUAUUUGGCCGUAUCGUCAUAAAAUUGCUUGCACAUUGCGAAACACCUUAUUGACAUUGCUAAAUCUAAGCUAAAAGUCGAGUGCCUAAUCCGCUGAAAUAUAGAAAACUGUUUGAUAAGGCUGUGAAUGUUCGUCAGUCGAGAUUCCUCGCAUAUAAGUAGCCCCAAUAACCGUCUGCCUCGACGGCCAUUUCUGCCUAGUGUGGGAGUAGACUGAAGAAUAUUUACUAGAGACCAAACUCUUCCACUUGAUCCUGCGUUUCACUAUUAACUGAUACCUUUUAUGCUCUUUUUCCUGGGACCAUAUUUCUAGUCUUGCUAUUACUGACACUUAUCUCGAAUCUUGCUACUCUCUUUAUCGACUUCACCUCAUUGUUCUGAAAUGGCGUAACUUAUUGAACCGAAUCACAUUUAUGCCAUGUCCUACGUCUUAAUAAGGAUAACAUGCUUAUAACUUACCCUGUGUAGUGGUUUUACGGCAUAUAGGAUGUUUCUGGGACUUCAUGUGUUUCCAUUUUGUUUUAGAGUAUGAAUUGAUCUCAAGAAUGGAUUACGCCAAACUUAGUAGCUAUCGACACGCCGAUCCUUUAAAAGUACGUCAAGUUUGGGAUGCUUUUGGUGUACUUAAGUCUCACCGACUAGCAGUACCAGCAGAUAAAAUUAGCAAAAUUCUUCGCAAAACAUUGGAUCUAAAAGAUGAUCAAAUAAGGUUACUCCUUGAUGAAAUUGAAGGUGAUGGAUUAAUUGAAAAAAUAGAGCCUCCGUUCGGUAAAAAUGGUAUGGUUCGUUACCAGCUUCCUGACUUUUCAAAACAGCAUCCUAGAGGCAAACAUGAUUGGUAUUGCUUCCAGUGCCAUAGGCCUGGUGAAGUUUUACGCUGUCUCGAUUGUUUCCGUGUAUAUCAUUCUGAUUGUGUUCAAGAAGCAUCUGGUCCUAAUAGUCCAUCAAGAAAGUCUAUGCGUUCACCAACUCUUCAUGAUGGGCAGGAAGAUAAUUUUACUUGUCCUGUAUGCGAAUCUCGACCGAAAUGUGAAUUCUCCCGUAAGCAGAUAAGAAAGCUAUUGGAAUUUGCAACCCAUCAAUUGAGGAAGCAGCCAUUGUGGAAAACAUUCAUUCAAGUUGGUUAUAAAGGUGAAAUAACAAAAAAUGAGUACCUUGUGUAUAAGUACACUGAUCUAGAGUUAUUGCAACGCAAGAUAAAAGAUGGUCGGUAUGCUGCUUUAGAGGAAUUUUCUAUGGAUGUACAAUUGCUUGUUCAUGAUGUCUGCAUUCUUCAUGGCCCUUAUAGUAAUCAAGCCGAUGAGAUACGAUUUUUCUUUCGAUCUGUUAAUGCAGAAUUAAAUGAAAUCCAAUUAUGUACUGACUGUUAUAUCAAUGCUAAGGCUCGUGUUACAGACUGGAUUAGUAAACCCUGCAAACCACGUCAUGAACUGAUUUGGGCACGCAAUCGCACAUCAGCAGGGGCUGGUCUGUUUAACGAUACUUCAGUCUCUCAAUUCUAUUGGCCUGCAAAAGUUUUGUUGGAACGCGAUGAUGGAUAUGAGAUACGCUUCUUUGGAGGCUCCCAUGAGCGGAUGUUCGUAAAGAAAGCCCAUACUCGUGCUUUUCACCUCCCAGCUGAUGAAGUUGGUGUACUUCGACGUUCUAACGCAACAGGUGCGAUCUCAGGUGGAGGAUUUGAACGAGCUUGGAAUGAAGUUAGUAAAUUACAAGCUAACAUCGAUAGUGGAUAUUACACACAUUCUUCUGGUGAAAGCGAUCUUCCCCCAUCUGAUGAUGAUUACUCGGACGAAAUGUAUCUUGGUCCGCGGCGUAAAACUGCCAUCCAGAGCCAACGUUCACAUCGUGCAGAUAGUCCUAGAUCGUCUCUUACUUCUGGUAAUACCAAGGCUAAUAAAAGAAGGCGUCACACUUCUUCAAGCAGUCAUCAAACGACUACUAGUGAUACUCCUACUGGUGGCUCACCCACUCGUGAUGUCUCACCAUGUACUCAUGGUGGCAAGCACUUCAGAACCCAUGGUCUCUUGCUUAAUUCACACACCGAUCUUACUGACAAAAGAUUAGCUAGUAAUCGUCUUCCAAUGCCGGUUGUUCAACCCGGUACUCCGGGCGCUGCAGCUAUAUCCGCCUUAGCAGAGACAAAAGCAGCUAUGGCAGCUGCAGUUGGGUCUGGUCGUAGGCCCGCUGGAUCAUUUACUGCUGAUCUCUUAUCUUUAACUCAUCGUGAGCAUGAUAAACCUUAUCGAAAACAAUCAAAAGAAAAUCAUUCAAAUAUUCCGAUUCGUGGUCAGCGGGGUCGAGGGAGACCUCCUCUCCGAGAUAGCAAGGGAAGACCUAUUCGGCGCCGUAAAUACCGAAGUUCGUCCUCAUCACCCCAUUCUUCAGAUAGCCCAUCUUCAUCUGUUUCAUCAGGUUCCUUGUCAGGAGUAGAUGUUCCUCGCACCGCAAAUAACGGUUCUCAAAACAACUGGUGUUCUAAUUCCUCUACUGAUUGGAAAGUUAAAAAGACUGAAAUGCCACGUCGUGGACGUCCACCUAAAUCUAGAGGUCGUGUAAAAGCUGUUAAUGAUGUUGGUCGUUCAAGUUGGUGUUCACCAACAGCUGAAAGUUCAGAUGCUGAAGGCAAUUCGGAAUUGUGGACGAAAUCGGGUUCCUCAAGUGUUAUAAAACCUAGUCCAACUCGAGGACGACCGAAGUUAGCUGCUUCAAAUAGCUCUCUUAAUCGUAUUGAAGAUGCUAAAAGAAAACGGUUAACGAUCCCAAGUAAAACUUCGAUUCAAGAUACAGCGAAUUCCGGAGGUAAACGUUCUAAAAACUAUUCCAAACAAAUGGAUAGUUUUGGUAAUGUUAGGGAUGAAGAUGAUGAGCUAACUGACCGAUGUGAUUCUCCCAUUGGAAACGACAGUCAGAAUUUGAAGCACUCGAAUAACUAUCGUUGGCAUUCGCAUCAUUCAUCAAGUGUUUACAACACAUCGGGUACACCUGUUUCUUCAAUGAGAAAAUCAGGAACUAAUGAUUUGAGUAUCCAUAAAACGUCGCCAUCUAAGAAGGCAUCUACUGCUAAACAGCGUUCUUCUCAUUCUAGCAAUUAUAGUACAUGCUCUUCACCCUCUUCUUCUGAUAUGGAUGACAACGACGAAAGUGGACACAGACAUCGUAAUAUUGUCAAAGUUGACGAUGAAGAUGAUGACCGUAGAUUCCGUAGUCCAACUCGUAGUGGUUCAAGCAACAAGGAUAGAACUUCUGGAACAAGCAGUACAAUGUUACGUCGACCGCCAUUCGCUCCUCCUUUGAAUACAUCUGGAUCCAUUAGUAAUUCGAACGCUACUAAUGAUCGAAACAGUCUAUCUACUGCUACAAACUUAUUUUCUCAUACUGGUCAAAAUCUUUUUUCGCCAUGCAAUGAUUCAGUUGUUACAAUGAAUUCCUCAGUGAAUUCAGGAACUUCAUCCACUAAUAACAGACUAAGUGGUUCCGUUCAUCCUACUACAUCUAAUGCCAAUCUUUCUUCACAUUUUAUAUCUUCAGGUGCCUUGUCUAGCAAUUCAAAUAAUGUUGCUACUACUCCCGGAAUGUCUACUCUUCCACGUUCACACUUGCCGCCAAAUAAACGUGCUGCUGCAGCAGCUACAGCUGCAGCUCUAAACAGAGACUCAGUUGGAGGAGGAGUAAAUGAUGUUUCAAAUGAAACUAAUCAACGUCAAGCUUCAGUGAAAAGUCCUGAACUUUCUGUGACAUCCUCUCCAAGAAAGCAACUUCAUAAAGGAAUUCAGACCCCAGCUAGUAUGGAGAUACCGACAUCAUCUCAACAACCAUGUUCACAGUGUAAGGAACGUGAAGCAGAACGGUUGACUGCAGCUAAUGAUACUAAAAGAGCUUUGCGAGAACUUGAAGAGAAACUUAUAGCUCAAUUUAAAGAAGAGAAAGCUGCCGCUUUACAUUCAGCUCUUGAACAAGCUCAAGCCAGUGCUCGUGAGGCUAUUGAACAUGAGCGUAAAUUAGCUCAUGAUACUUUGGAAGCUGCUGAGGCAAGAUUCGCAGAAGUUAUUGUUCAGACUAAACGUCGACAGUGGUGUCGUAAUUGUCUUAUGGAGGCUAUCUAUCAUUGUUGUUGGAAUACUUCCUACUGUAGUACACAAUGCCAACAAGAGCAUUGGCAAAAAGAACAUAAACGUCAGUGUCGUAGAAAACGAUGAUUUGCAAUCAUACACAUACCUUAUAUAUAUAUAUAUAUAUAUAUAU